CUCCGCCCGUUUUGAUCUGAGAGACACUCUCUCUAUCAUCAUCGUUCGUCGUCUUCGUCUGUGUCUCUGGAGCACGCAUCGGCGGACGAUUCUCAUCUUCUCUCAUACACAACACUUGGGUUCGCAAAGGUGAUUUGAUUUUAGAAUUCGAAGAUGUACAACGGAAUAGGGUUACAGACCGCAAGAGGAUCAGGAACCAAUGGUUAUGUUCAGACGAACAAGUUCUUUGUGAGGCCUAGAACUGGUGGUAAGCCUGCUAAUGGUGGUAAAGGGUUUGAGGAUGACCAAGGUACUGCUGGUUUAUCUAAGAAACCCAAUAAAGCUAUCCUUGAGCAUGACCGUAAGCGUCAGAUUCAUCUUAAGCUUGCUAUUCUUGAGGAUAAGCUUGCUGAUCAGGGUUAUUCUGAUGCUGAGAUUGCUCAGAAGCUUGAGGAAGCUAGGUUGAAUCUUGAAGCUGCUGCUGCUUCUAAUGAAGAGAGUGAUGGGACUGGCGACUCGAAGAUUUCUGAUACUCAAACUCAUCAGGUUGCUGCGAGGAAAGAGAAGCAGAUGGAAGCGUUUCGAGCUGCAUUGGGUUUGCCUGAUCAGCAACAGGUGGCUGAAGAGGGUAUUAUUGAUGAUGAGCCAGCACCUGAGGCUUAUGAAGGUAGAUUGAAAGAGAGGCGGGAACAUUCGUUUUUGGACCGAGAUAGUGGGAGGAAGAAGCUUGAUGAGGAUUUAGAUGAGAAGGAUGGUAAGGUUAAGGAAAGCAAGAAGCAGCGCGGUGAUGAUGAGAUGGUUGAAGUGAAGCGUCACAAGAAAAAGGAGAGCAAGAAGAGAAGACAUCGUGAUUCAUCAGAUGAGUCUGAUGAACAUGGACGAGACCGCAGAAGGCGCUCUAAGAAGAAGGCUAAGGGUCGUAAACAAGAAAGUGAUAGUGAAAGUGACUCUAGCAGCUCUGAUUCUGAUUCUGAGUCUGACUCUGACAGUGAUGAUGGAAAGAAGAGAAGAAGGAAGAAGGCUACAAAGAAACGCAGUAGAAGCAAAAGAAGUGUCUCUUCUGAUUCUGAAGAAGUUGAGAGUGAUGACAGCAAGAAACUUAGAAAGUCUCACAAAAAGAGUCGGCCCUCCAACCGAUCUGGUUCUAAAGAAGUAAGGGAUAAAAUUGAUGAAAAAAGCAGAGCUGGACGAAAGAGGCAUGAUUCUGAUGUUAGUGAGCCUGAGUCAGAGGAUGAUAAACAACCACUGCGAAAGAAAGAAGAAGCUUACCGUGGAGGACAAAAGCAGAAAAGAGAUGAGGAAGACUUGGAGUUCAGUCGUUCAAAAGACAGUUAUAGAGAUGGUACUGGUGGCAAGAAAGCUGCAAGAGACUCGGAUGACAGUGAGACUGAGUAUGAGAACAAGAAACAGUUGCGCAGUAAAGUAGAAGCUUACAGUGCAGGAAUGAGCCAGAAAAAAGACGAGGAAGAGGCUGUGUCAAGGCAUGGCAAAGACGAGUCCAUAAGUGAUUCACGUGGCAAGAAAGUUGCUAAAGACUCUGAUGACAGUGAGGCUGAGUAUGAAAACAGGAGGAAGCUAAAGGAUGAAAGUUACCAACGAGGAAGGAGACACAUAAGAGAGGAGGAUGAUGACUACAAUAACAAUGGGAGGGACAGGUAUAGAAGUGAUGAUGCUGUUAAGAGACAUGGAACAAUUGAAAAAGAGGAUAGGUAUAGAGGUCGAGCCAUGGAGGAAGAAGACAGCGAUAAAGGAGAUGAUGACAGGGGUAGAUACAGACAGAGACGUGAGGAGGAUGAGGAAGACUAUAAGCGUGGCAGAGAUAGGUACAGAGGUGAUAAGGAGGACAGGUUUAGAGGUGACGGAAGGCGUGCGAAGGAAGAUGAAGAUGAUGAUAGAGUAAGCAGAGAGCGUGAAUACUCGAACAGGGGUCGAAGUCGUUAUGAUGAUGGCAGAUCAAGUGGCAGCAAGAGAUCCUCCUAUGGUGAUAGAGCUUGAUGAUUCUGUUUCAUCUCUUACAUGUGUCUUUAAAGUUUCUUAAAAAUGUUUGUUGUGGUUUUAAUGGGUUUGUUUCACAAACAUAAUCCUUGUUUUUUUUUUUUUGCUUGCGAGACGUUAAUUAAGGUUACAUGUUGGUCAAAUUGUUCGAUCACUGAGACGUUAAUUAA